AUGGACAUUGGGCUCGAGGUGGCAGAUGCUUUCCUCUUCGACCCGCUCUACGCCACUCUGCUCCCCGCAUGGCCGUCUCGCACCACCGCCAAUGCCUCCCUCUCGGGCCUGCGCGAGGAGCCCACGGCCUUUGCUCGCCCGCACGCGACCUGGCAAUAUGAGCCUGCCACGCAAUUCUUCUCUACGACGCCGUCCAAGUAUGCCUACAUGAGCCAAUGGACGCGCGACGACUGGCGGCGACAGGCCCUGUCGCUGUACCUGAUCACAUGGCUCUUUGGCGUCCUGGUCUAUUUCGUCUUUGCGAGCGCCUCGUACUUUUUCAUCUUCGACAAGAGCACUUUCAACCACCCGCGCUACCUCAAGAACCAGAUCAAGCUCGAGAUGAAGCAGGCCAACAUUGCCUUCCCCAUCAUGGCCAUCUUCACCGUGCCCUUUUUCCUCGCAGAGAUCCGCGGCUACUCCAAGCUGUACGACACGGUUGACCAAGGGCCAGGCCUGUGGUACAACUACAUGCAGUUUCCCUUCUUCCUCUUGUUUACCGACUCGCUCAUCUACUGGAUCCACCGCGGUCUCCACCACCCUGCCGUCUACAAGCACAUCCACAAGCCUCACCACAAGUGGAUCAUGCCCACGCCCUACGCCUCGCACGCCUUCCACCCAUUGGACGGCUAUGCCCAGGGUCUUCCCUACCACAUUUUCCCUUUUCUGUUCCCCUUGUCCAAAUUCGCAUACGUCCUCUUGUUUGUGACUGUCAACAUCUGGACCGUCUUAAUCCACGACGGCGAGUACGCGCACAACUCUGCCAUCAUCAAUGGAGCUGCCUGCCAUACUAUGCACCACCUGUACUUCAACUACAACUACGGUCAGUUCACCACGCUCUGGGACCGCCUGGGCGGAAGCUACCGGAAGCCCAGUGACGAGCUCUUCCAGAAAGAGCUCAAAAUGUGCCAAAGCGCGUGGAAGAAGCAGGCCGAAGCUGUGGACAGAAUGGUGCAGCAAGUCGAGGGUGACGUUGAUUUUCGCACCUACGUGUCUGAAGAAGGCAAGAAGGUUCGCUAG